CUCCUCCUCAGUGACACUUCCUCAUCAGCUCAGCUCCUUUGAAAACCAAGAUGAGCCACACUGAAGCUGAGAAGUCCGUGAUGGGCAUGAUCGACCUGUUCCACAAAUACGUCAAACCCGAUGACACAAUCGACAAGCCGGGCCUGCUCACGAUGCUGAAGGAGAAUUUCCCCAACUUCCUCGAGGCCUCUGACAAUCAGGGCAAAGACUACUUGUCCCACAUCUUUGAGGAAAAAGACAAGAAUGAGGAUAAGAAGAUUCAGUUCUCUGAGUUUCUGUCCUUGGUGGGGGACAUAGCCACGGAAUACCACAAUCAGAGCCACAAAGUGACCGCCAGUUCUGGGGGACACCAGUGA